AUUUCUGUUUGGAAGCUCGGGAACAAUUCCAGAGAAUUUACCGUGCCGUGAACGGAUUCGAAGACCCACGGUGUAAAGAGCCGCGACAGAUUAAUCAGCGACGGCGACGAGACGCGUAGAUCGUUUUCGUACAAUUUGGAAGUCUAUUUAUAGUUCCCCGACGUUGGGCGACGGCGAGACGAACGAAAAUGUGGAAGGACCGGUUUCGGGGAACCGACGGACGUUCUCGAAGACGGGGAAUUUUCGGGUUUCGGGCGAGAGGCAUCGUUGCUCGCGAAGCAUCGAGAAAUGUUCUAGGUGCAUUCGCAUCGCUGCAUCGGACCUCGCCGCUUCGAGGUAUCCGGUAUCUGGAUUCGCGAGGCCGUGCUCGCCGAGUGUCACGUACAGGCGACAGGCAAAGACAACGGACCGUCGGGCCGGGGGGCCGGCGGGGGGUUUUCGCGCAAUCAUCGAAUACCUGCCUCGAUUUCAUUCGACCUGCCUGCUGCGUACAUCGAUCGCAAGUGUGAACCCGUCACCUGGCCUGUCAGCUGACCGAGACUUUUCCAUUGUGCGGCCCGCCCGUCUUGCCCGAAGGGGGAUGAUGCUACUCGCCGGGACCGAGGGUCGAGUCGUUCCAGUCGACAGAUACCAGACGCUUCUCUCCGCCUGUCCUACUAUAAAUCGGUUGCCGGCGCAAGGGGUCACGGUCGAAGAGUCUACCUGCCAGGCUAACGAUAGGCGAACCAUCGAUCCGGAAUGAUCGCUGGCAGCUUCUGUAGAAGAGGGACCGAGGCUUCCAGUUUGUCGCGACUGAUUAGGAUCACUUUCGUCGAGAAACAAUACUCGUGUUCUCGAUUUAGCGCGACGAGCCACGACGUCGUGUUUGACACUAGAGCGCUGCCAAAGCAGUCGAAAUGACAGCUGGCGGAUUCAGCGGAGCCGGGAACCAUCGGCAUGGACUACCACAUCCAGGUUGUCACGAAGGACGACAAACUCAGGAUACUGAAGUUCCUCAGGCGGUUCUUCUUCAGGGACGAACCGCUUAAUCACUCGAUCCAGCUGAUACCGGAAAGCGAGGACAGCACCUGCCUCGAGUUGGAGGACUAUUGCAGCACCUCCACCAUGGAAAACAACCUGAGCCUCAUGGCGGUCUCGACCAGCGGAGCCAUAGUCGGCGUCACGCUAAAUGGAAAAAUGGAACCGUCGACCGAGGAUGAGCCAGAAUAUAUAGUCACCUGUAAAAACCCGAAGUUCAAGAAGAUCCUUAGGCUACUGAACUACGUGGACAGGAACGUGAACCGGGACGAGCAGUUGCGGGCGUUGAACACCCUCGAGAUCAGGAUAAUCUCCGUAGACACCAAUUGGAGGGGCAAAGGAAUCGCCAAGGCCCUUCUGGAAAAGACGAUGGAAAUCGGGAAGGAGAAAGGAUUUCACAUUGUUCGCGCUGAUUGUUCAUCCUUCUAUUCGGGAAAACUGUGCGCAAGACUCGGUUUCGAACAAAUCUACGAGCUACCUUACGCGGAAUACGUCGACGAAGAGGGCAAACCGAUAUUUUCACCGGCACUUCCGCACGCCGGAGUUGUUACAUAUAUUAAAAAAUUGUGAAGAAUAGCGCGACAUUCUCCUUGACCAAAAUUUCCAGAAUGACUUCGAGAAACGCACCCUUGAGAACACACGUACACGUUUUUCGAUGGCUACUUUUCUAAGGCUCCCCUUAUUUAUUUAUCACUUUUGUACGAAAUCAUUAAGCGACAAUCUGCGUGAAAAAACGGGUGUCUUGUGAUCGAUUGCCGACAUACUAUUAGUACAAUGUCUUAUACGGAAAAUGUUCAAAGUAUAGAUUCAAGAUUAUUGUGUUUUGUAAAGGUAUACCUACAUAGAAAGUAAUCUGAUUCGAUUCAAAUAGUCUUUAGUAUUAUCCCUGUUCGGUGGUAAGCGAUAAAUGUGCUCUUUUUAGAAAGAGCCAGUUGCAAAUCAUGUUUUAGAUUUAGUAAUUUAUGCUUUUUGUAAAUUAUCAUAUACACGUUAGAAUUUCUCCUUUCAAAGUUUAUGCGACACGAAAUACACGAACUUUUAUGCAAUAAAAUCGGCUAUAAACCCUUUUUGCCUCGCUCGAAAUAAGUGAAAAUCGAGAGUAUGGUUUUAAAUUCACUUAACUGUAACAUAUAAGAGAUUCAUCAUGUUUCAAUCUGAUUUAUUUGACUAACAAAAUACACUUUCAAAAUUGCUUCUCUAUACGUGUUUCAGCUGUACAAAUUUACAAUAUAAUUUAAAAUAAUAAUAAA